UACAAUUCCUCUUUGUACCGCAAAACGACAAAAGUGGAAGUAGAACUCGUCUCCCAGACAGAUCGAGUGAAUCGUUAUUAAUUGUCAUCUCAAAGAAGAAAUAAAAUUCACAAUCUCCAGAAUUGCUCAAAAUCCCCCUCUAGAGUCGUCGUCGUUGCUCCUCCGGCGACCGCCGUAAAUUAAAUUUACAACCCAAAAAAAGCAAAGACUCCCCCAAAAUAUAAAAAAAAUUCCCGACUUCCAAUUUCUUUCCCCGGAUUCCUUGUACCAGUUCCGUAUCUCUGUUAUCCCAUUCCAUUUUUGUGUAUAUUUAUUUCUACAUAUUCUCUUUCCCAGUCAACACCAGAAAAAGACAAAAAUAGAACAACAACAGUGUGUACUACGUCGUUUUGGAGAAAGAUCAGCCUCUUCAAUUUUUAAUUAUUCAAUCUGUAACGUAAACAGAGUGAAUUUGAAGUGAACUAAACCAGUUUUCCUUCUUCCUUCCUUUCUAAGCGGUGCGGUGCGCUUCUGAACUCUACUUUUUGUUUGUCCAGAUAGGAAGGAAACUCAGCAGAAACAUAAAAGGGGGAAAAAAACAAAAUAAAGAAGAGAGAGACUACAAGUAGUCCUGCUCUCUAGUCUCGAUUUCCAAAAUCUAAAUAAAUUCAGAGAGCCCUUCAUUUGCUGCGGCUCUGUAUUCAUCGAAUUUAGGCAAAACGUACAAUGGCGGCCAUUUCUUCCAACCCGCGGACUGUUGAAGAGAUCUUCAAGGACUUCACCGCUCGCCGUUCCGCCGUUAUCCGUGCCCUCACUUCAGAUGUCGACCGGUUCUACGCCGAAUGCGAUCCGGAAAAGGACAAUUUGUGUCUAUAUGGAUAUCCGAAUGACACGUGGGAGGUGACUUUGCCCGCGGAGGAAGUGCCGCCCGAGGUGCCUGAGCCAGCUUUGGGGAUCAAUUUCGCCAGGGAUGGCAUGCAACGCCGGGAUUGGUUGUCCUUGGUGUCCAUGCACACCGAUACCUGGUUACUGUCUGUUUCUUUUUAUUUCGGUGCUCGUCUUAACCGCAAUGAGAGGAAGCGUUUGUUUAGCAUGAUGAACGAGCUGCCAACUGUGUUCGAGGUUGUGACAGAGAGGAAGCCGUUGAAAGGUGUAGAUAGUGGAAACAAAUCCAGGGGCAGCACUAAGAGAUCAAGUGAUGGGCAAGGUAAAGGCAACCACAGGCUACAGGAUGGAAAUUAUGCCGAUGAGGAUGAAGAUGAACAUGGUGAAACCCUUUGCGGGAGCUGUGGGGGAAAUUACAAUGCUGAUGAGUUCUGGAUUUGCUGUGAUAUCUGUGAGAGGUGGUUCCAUGGAAAAUGUGUGAAAAUAACGCCGGCAAAGGCUGAACAUAUUAAGCAGUACAAAUGCCCAUCUUGCAGCAACAAAAAAAGCAGACAAUAGCAACGAGGUUACAAGAAUUGUAGAUGGAUGUAACAUUCAGGUAACUUUGUUUAUAUAAAAUUAGUUUACGACUCUUAGAAAAUCUCUUUGUCAAAUCUUCUUUGAGGUUCUUUGUAAUUAAUCUACCUUGUUCAAAGUUGCUAACAUUAAGCUGUUGAAAGUUGCUGAUGUUAAGCUUAUACUAAAAUACUCUACUUAUUGAAGUCUCCUGUGGAUGUUGUUGUGUGUUUUGAUAAUGUCGUGCAUUUCCUAAUAAUAUCUUCUUCUGGUUGUGGUAUGUAAAAUCAUGUUAUAUAUAUCCUUCAAGUAAAUUGACUUGCUUUGUUUGACCUUGUAUCAGGUGCAUAUAUGGACGAUUGGGAGAUCACCCCGACCAUGGUCGGGAUUUCAAUCAGUUAGUCUAUGUUGCAGAAGAACAGGAUGGUUUAUGUCCGAGAAUGCUAGCUUUAUAGCUGUUGACAUUUGAAGUAGUAGAAGAAACUUGUAGGAAGGGGCUUUGAACUAGUUAAACAUUAUUAAACAUUAUCAGUUAGUUUAUGUUGCAGAAGAACAAGAUGGUUUAUGCCCCGACCAUGGUUUUGGAUGUAACUAUAGUGGUUUAUUGAGAUAUUUCAUUUUGUAACAAUAUCAGUAUUCAAAUUAAAUCUUCGGUUGUUGCUCUUUUCUACUAUGUUGUAACAUCUAUCCAUUGAUGAAAAAGCAAAACGUGAAAAGCAUGUGAUGUUUUCAGCCCUUCCGUCUGUGUUUCUACAGGGACCUGUCCGUUGGUUGUCUCCAUUUAGCCUGAGAAUUCGAGCAAAGUCCACUAGGACCACCCAACAUCCCCGUCAGCCCGCCCCACCACCGGACGUUGUCCACUUUAGCAUUGAGCCCGGCUGCCCUCCACGUCGGCCCCUCCCCACCGGACAGAAGAAAGGGUUGAAAAAUAGUAAAAAAGCGUAUAAUUCCGAAACCAUGAUUUGUUCAAAAAAGACCAUGUUGAUACAAU